AUGAGCUUGCUUGACUCCACCGCAAGUCCCUCCGGAAAUGGAGCAAACGGGGUCGGAACGAGCGCAUUUCCUUCGAUAGAACCCAAGGUGCUUGUCGACUUUCUUGCAUCCGUUCUUGAGAUCACUCUAGGAGCAACACGAGAUGACCUUGAGCACCCUGGUAGUCUUCUUUCUGAAGCCCAAUACUCUGAUACUGCUCAGCGAUGCACCAGAUUUGCAUCGGAAUCUCACCAAGCUGUAAUAUACGUACAGAAAGAUGCAGUUCUACGAGAGGAAGAGGAUUCCCCAGAUGAAUCAAGUUCUAUUUUGUACAACUAUAGUUUGGCUUCUGACAUUUCCUCCUCUUCUUCCACAACCGGAUCUGUCGCUUUUAUGAAAGGACCGCAACCUAUAGACCCUGCGAUACCCAUAUCUUCUCAAAUACAACUUAUUAAUUUACCUGGCGCAGCGUUGCCGAAUGAAUCCACAAAUGGCCAGGCGGGAGCUUCUAUCUUACAUUCAUUUGUGCAUCUAGCGCUGGUGCCAUACUUCGAUGCGUAUACAAAACAACAACAGGCAGCGAGUGGGAACCGAAGUAUAUCAGAGCUUGAGGCCAAGACCGGUGUUUCUGCCACCAAAAAGAAGUUAGCAGAGUUGGAGUUGGCUUUGCGACAUCUUCAGGAUAAUGUUGAUAUUCCCGAUUUGACACUUCAACUACACCCAAUGGUGCAGCAUGCACUUGAUGAAGCAGUCGCUCGUAAACGCAAGCCAUCUGUGGAUUUCAUUCCGGAGAGAUUGUUGCACGACAGUGCUUUCCUCAACAACCUGCAGUCUCUAGUAAACGGAUGGAUCAAGUCAAUACAAGCUAUUACAAAGUUGUCGCGGGAUCCAACAAGCGGUACUGCAUCACAGGAAAUUCAGUUCUGGCUAGCCAUGGAGUCCACACUCGAAAAUAUUGGUGCACAAUUAGCCAGCGAUGGAGUAAUGCUUACUCUUGAGAUAUUAAGACACGCCAAACGUUUCCAGGCUACUCUCAGUUUCACAUCCGAUACUGGGUUGAAGGAGUCAACCGAUAAAGUACAGAAGUACAAUCAACUUAUGCGAGAUUUCCCUCUCGAUGAAUUGCUUUCAGCAACUUCGUUACAGAAGGUUGGCGAUGCACUGGGUCUUAUUUUUGGGCACUUGAACAAAAAAUUGCGCAUUUGUCCAUACCCAGUUCGACGUGCUUUACCACUGGUAGAAGCAAUUUCUGCAGACCUUGACAAUCGACUUCACGUCCUACUUCACGGUCGCUCCUUGAUGCAUUUGGAGUAUCGAGAUUUCAGAAAGUUAAUGUCUGUCGCCGAUUCAAUUUGGGCCAUUUGGGAUGACAAUCUAAAGGAGUUCACCAACGUUGCUCGAGAAGUCACACGUCGAAGAAACGAGAAAUUCAUGCCCAUAAAAAUCAUCGGAAAGCACGCAGAGCUGCAAGCACGUCUGAAAUAUGUGAGCACCUUCAGAGAUAACCACGAACAGCUACAGCGAACAAUAAUCAAUGUUUUAGCACCCAAGGUUGGUGAUGACGUUCCAGAGGGUGGAGCCAAUGGAGUUGUUUUAGUAGAAGAGAUGGGCGACGUGGAUGCUGUUGAGGAAAUCAAACAAGCUUGGGCUGCGUUGAGCAAUAUAGAUAUGCUUGAUGUUUCUUCCGAGGGAACGCAAUUGUGGAUUCAAGCAGAGAGUACUUAUAAUGAACGAACAUCGCGCGUUGAGAACUCAAUUAUUGCCCGAUUGCGAGAUCGAUUAGCCACUGCCAAGACAGCAAGUGAGAUGUUUCGAGUAUUUUCUAAGUUCAAUGCUCUAUUUGUCCGUCCAAAAAUCCGUGGAGCCAUCACAGAAUAUCAAACGCAACUUAUCGACAAUGUGAAACAUGAUAUAUCCUCCCUACACGAGCGAUUCAAGCAGCAAUAUGGCCAUUCUGAAGCCCAUGCAAUGGCACAGCUUAGAGAUCUGCCUCCUGUUUCGGGAGCGAUUAUUUGGGCUCGCCAAAUUGAGAAACAGCUCAAUGGAUAUAUGAAAAAAGUUGAAGACGUACUUGGGACUGAAUGGGCGCUUCACGCCGAGGGUCAGAAGCUUCUCAGUGAUAGCAAUCUUUUUCGCAAUAAGUUGGAUACUCGGCCAAUCUUUGAGGCAUGGCUUCAUGAUGUGCAGCGAAAGCAUGUUACCAUUUCUGGCAGACUUUUCAACAUAAAUAAGAUCCGUGCAGCAAACAAUGCCUUGGAAUUAGCCGUCAACUUCGAUCAUCAAGUGAUCGCGCUCUUUAAAGAGACGCGAAACUUACAAUGGUUGAAUUACCCUGUUCCUCAUCAGAUCAACAACAUAUCGAAGGAUGCGAAGCGUGUAUAUCCCUACGCUGUGAGUCUCAUGGAAACCGUUCGGACAUUCACACAAACCAGUCGUCAAAUAGCCGAAAUGGCCGAUGUUCAAAUACUUCUAAGUGGGUACCAGCACGAAGUUCAAGCCUUGAUUGCUCGUGGAGUUUCUCUGAAAUGGGAGUCGUUUGUGCACUCAUAUGAUAUCCACAUCAAACCCACGUAUACAAAGGGUUCAAUUGAACCUGCCAUCGCCAAUCGAACCGAGAGCAAACAUGUGCAAUUUGUUCGCGAGAUCGCUGCCUCAGUUGCCUUAUUACAAAGCAAGACAGAAACUCUCGCUUCUAUCAAUGCGACGAUUCAGAAAACCCUAGCAGAGUUAGAUAAGUGUCCUUACGAAGUAACUGCAUUUCAGGCCCGUUUGGAAACGAUUCAGAUGGCUGUUGAUCAGUUGAACCUCGAGAACUACGUCAACUUGCCUUAUUGGGUCAGAGAAAUGAAUGACCGUAUCAAGGUCACUCUCCUGAGGCGUCUACAACAAGCAAUCGAAGUGUGGAUUGAUACUUUUGAAAAUGAACGAUCUGACGGUGUCAACGACGACAGCCGCAGAAAGCACUUCAGUAUCUUGACCGAGUCUCCGCCUGAGAAUAAACCAUCCAUGAAGCGACUGGUACACGAGAUCUCCAUGCGUAACCAAGUCAUCUACUUGGACCCGCCUUUAGAAUAUGCCAGAGCUAGCUGGUUUUCCCAACUACAUGAGUGGCUUGGGGUCGUUUGCCAUCUUCGUAAGGUCAAGGCUUCUCGGUAUGUCAUGACCUUGGGAACGACUAAUGAUCCGGAAGAGCUAUUCACAGAACUCCCACGAGAUUGUGCAGAUGAACUUCUGAGAGCCUACAAAUGCGUUGAAGCAAAACUGCACGAAGUUAGCCUCUACGUUGACAAAUGGCUACAGUUUCAAUCACUAUGGGAUCUUCAAUCUGAUCUCGUGUAUGAAACCUUGGGUGAACAACUCUCAAAGUGGCUCCAGCUUUUGCAAGAGAUCAGGAAAACUCGCUCCACUUUCGACACAACUGAAGUGAGUCGAUCCUUCGGACAUCUUACCAUUGACUACGAUCAGGUCCAGACAAAGGUCAAUGCCAAAUAUGAUCAGUGGCAACACGAGAUCUUGAUCAAAUUUGGAAGUCGCCUUGGAAACCGUGUUCGUGAAGUCUAUGCUGAGAUUGAAAAAGCACGGCGUGAUCUCGAAGUACAAUCCUUAGAAGCAUCGUCCACGGCACAAGCUGUGCAAUUUAUCACCAUUGUACAGACCUGCAAGCGGAGGGUAAAGGCUUGGGGCCCAGAGGUAGAAACUUUUAGGCAAGGACAAACCACGCUUGUUAGACAAAGAUAUCAAUUUCCCAUGGACUGGCUAGGAGUAGAGCAAAUCGAUUCUGAAUGGACUGCUCUCAAUGAAAUCCUAGCUCGAAAAGCUAAAAUCGUGGAAGAUCAGACCGACGCAUUACGUGCCAAGAUUACUGCAGAGGACAGGGUAGUUGGAGAGAAAAUUGCAGAGAUCACUGCCCAAUGGAACGAAGAAAAGCCUGUAUCUGGCACUAUUGCUCCAGAUGUGGCAUCUGCAACUCUCACUUCAUUCGAAAGUCGCAUCACAAAAUUGCAUGAGGAGUCGGAAAUGGUUGCUCGCGCUAAAGAGGCUUUAGAUCUUCCGGCAACUGCAGAUACAGCACUUGUGGCUAUUCUCGAAGAAGUCCAGGACUUCAAGUCUGUAUGGGCUGCUUUGUCGACCAUAUGGAAAAGUCUUAAUGACCUCCGCGAUAUGUUGUGGACAAGCGUUCAGCCCCGAAAAUUAAGAUCCGCUAUUGAUGGCCUCAUUAAGAUGACCAAGGAAAUGCCAAGUCGAAUGAGACAAUAUGCUGCAUUUGAGCACAUUCAAAAUGUUCUUAGACAGUUUCUAAAAGUUAAUCCUGUGGUUACAGAUUUAAAAUCCGAGGCUGUCAGAGACCGCCACUGGAACAAAAUCUUCAAAAAUUUGAAACCCGGGAAACGCUAUUCGCCAAUAUCAAUGACUCUAGGGGAAGUUUGGGAUCUAAAUCUUGUCUCCACCGAGAAGAUAAUAAGAGAUAUCAUUGCACAGGCCCAAGGCGAAAUGGCUUUGGAAGAGUUCUUGAGGCAGGUUCGCGAAGAUUGGUCCAACUACUCACUAGAUCUUGUGAAUUAUCAGAACAAGUGCCGUCUUAUUCGUGGUUGGGAUGACUUGUUUGCAAAAUGCAGUGAAAAUCUGAACUCCUUACAAGCAAUGAAACAUUCUCCUUAUUACAAGGAAUUCGAGGAAGAAGCUGCGUCGUGGGAAGAUAAACUUAAUCGCGUACACGUGCUUUUUGAUGUAUGGAUUGACGUCCAACGCCAAUGGGUUUACCUUGAAGGAGUUUUCACCGGAAAUGCAGAUAUCAAACAUCUCCUACCAAUCGAGUCUUCAAGAUUCCAGAACAUCAAUUCUGAAUUCUUCGCAGUAAUGAAAAAGGUCUACAAGCAACCGUUUGUAUUGGAUGUACUCAACAUAUCUGGUGUUCAAAAAUCAUUAGAACGUCUUGCAGAACUUUUGAACAAGAUCCAAAAGGCUCUUGGUGAGUACCUUGAAAGAGAGCGUGUGUCAUUUCCAAGAUUUUACUUUGUUGGUGAUGAAGAUUUGCUUGAAAUCAUCGGUAACAGCAACGAUACAUUACGAAUUGCCAAGCACUUCAAGAAGAUGUUUGCCGGCUUAUCUGGUCUAAUCAUGGAUGAAGAGCAAGUAAUUUCAGGAUUCACCUCAAAAGAGGGCGAGGAGGUCAGACUCAAGAAGGAGAUAUCCUUGAUCAAGACUCCAAAGAUCAACGACUGGUUAACUUUGCUUGAAAACAGUAUGAAGUCAACUCUCGCCGAAUUGCUUGCAGAGGCUGUUGAACAGUACGAGAAAAUUUUCACCGCGGAUGAUGUAGACCAAGAAGCCCUCAAUCAAUACAUUUCUGCAUUCCCUAGUCAAAUCGUUGUAUUGGGUACGCAAGCUGUUUGGACCUCUUGUGUAGAAAAAGCGCUUGAGAACGAAGGCGCCGAUUUGCAAAAGUUAUUCGACCAGGAGGUCAAAGUACUUCGCCUUCUUGCGUCCACUGUUCUAGGUGACCUCGACCCAAUUCAGAGAAAACGAUGCGAGCACCUCAUCACUGAGUGUGUCCACCAACGAGAUGUCAUUGAAAAGCUACGUAACCUCAAUGCAAGUACGCCUAAUCAUUAUAUGUGGCUUCUGCAGAUGAGGUAUGUCUACAAGCCAGAAGGCGAUUUCCUGCAACGCCUUUACAUUAAAAUGGCCAACGCGAAGCUCAAUUACGGAUUCGAGUAUUUGGGUGUAGCAGAACGUCUUGUCAGAACACCAUUGACGGAUCGAUGCUUCCUGACACUCACGCAAGCUCUUUGUCAGCGCCUAGGUGGCUCACCUUACGGUCCAGCAGGUACAGGAAAGACCGAGUCCGUGAAAGCUCUGGGUGUUCAGCUAGGUCGUUUCACCCUGGUGUUCUGUUGUGAUGACACUUUCGACUUCCAGGCUAUGGGGCGUAUUUUCCUGGGUCUCUGUCAGGUUGGUGCUUGGGGUUGUUUUGACGAGUUCAAUCGACUCGAGGAGCGUAUUUUAUCUGCGGUUUCUCAACAAGUUCAGAACAUCCAGCUCGGUCUAAAACAAGGCGCGGAGGAUGAGAAGGCACAAAUUGAAUUGGUUGGCAGACAACUUCACGUGAACGCCAAUACCGGACUAUUCAUUACAAUGAAUCCAGGUUAUGCUGGCCGAUCAAACUUGCCAGAUAAUUUGAAGAAAUUAUUCAGAAGUGUUGCUAUGUCCAAGCCUGACAAAGAGCUUAUCGCGGAAGUCAUGUUAUACUCACAAGGAUUCAAUCAAGCGAAACAGCUUUCUAAGCAGACUGUACCAUUUUUCGAUAGAUGUGCUGCGCGACUUUCCAAACAAGCUCAUUAUGACUUUGGGUUGCGUGCCUUGAAGAGUGUGCUUGUCAGUUCUGGUGGGCUCAAACGUGCUCGUCUAACAAAUUCCGAUGGCAACCUCGGGCCUGAAGAGGAGGUAGAACCACAAAUUAUUGUACAGAGUCUUCGAGAGACAAUUGCCCCUAAAUUAAUCAAGAGCGACGUGGAAAUCAUGAGAGCCAUCGAAGCAGAGUCAUUCCCCGGCGUUGAAUACGUUCCCGCUAGCUUAGAUGACCUUCAGAAUGCUAUCAAGAGCCUUGCUAAAGAGAAGCAUUUGGUAGUGAAUGAAACCUGGAUGACUAAAAUUCUUCAGCUCUAUCAAAUUCAAGGCAUCCAUCAUGGUGUGAUGAUGGUCGGAAAUUCUGGUUCUGGAAAGUCAGUGGCUUGGAAGGUCCUCUUACAAGCUUUGCAGCAAGUUGAAGGAGUCGAAGGGGUGUGCCAUAUCAUAGACUCAAAAGUCAUGUCGAAGGAAGCUCUCUACGGUAACCUCGAUUCAACUACUCGUGAAUGGACCGAUGGUCUAUUCACAAGCAUCCUCCGCAAGAUCGUAGAUAAUUUGCGUGGCGAGGAGUCAAAGAGACACUGGAUCGUUUUUGAUGGUGAUGUAGAUCCUGAAUGGGUUGAGAAUUUGAACAGUGUUUUGGAUGAUAACAAACUGCUCACUCUACCUAAUGGUGAACGUCUCAAUCUUCCCGGAAACGUCAGAAUCAUGUUCGAAGUCGAAACUUUGAAGUACGCUACUCUGGCAACUGUAAGUAGAUGUGGUAUGGUCUGGUUUAGCGAGGACACUGUUACUCCCAACAUGAUGGUUACCAAUUACCUAGAAAAACUGAGGUCCGAGGCUUUCGAGGAUCUGGAUGAAGAUGCCGUUGCAACAGGACAAAGUGCCGCCCAAGCGCUGGAGAUUCAAUCUCACGUGGCGGACCUUCUUCAAACAUUCCUCACAACAGAAGAUUUCAUCAUCAAUGCUUUGGAACGCGCCGAAGGAUUCAACCACAUCAUGGAUUACACUGUAUCUCGCGUUCUCAACACACUUUUCUCUCUCUUGAACAAGGCCGUACGAGACAUUAUCGAGUAUAAUUCUCAACAUGUCGACUUUCCACUUGACCCAGAUCAAAUCGAAUCAUUUAUCGCCAAAAAGCUUCUUCUCGCGCUUGUUUGGUCGUUAACUGGUGAUUGCCCAUUGGGAGAUCGUAAGAGCUUUGGAGAUUGCCUCGCCGGGUUGGCAACAUUUGGAAAUCCAAUAUUGGGCGACAACUCUUCUCUCAUCGAUUUUGAUGUGACUCUACCCCAAGCUGAAUGGUCUUCAUGGCAAAAUCAAGUACCCACUAUCGAAGUCAAUACGCACUCCGUCACGCAAACUGAUGUGGUUAUUCCUACUCUUGAUACAGUGCGUCACGAGGAUGUCUUAUACUCCUGGCUAGCAGAACACAAGCCCCUACUUUUGUGCGGUCCGCCUGGUUCCGGAAAAACCAUGACUCUUUUCAGUGCUCUACGUAAACUCCCUAAUAUGGAGGUCGUUGGACUCAAUUUCUCUAGUGCAACUACUCCAGAUUUGUUGAUCAAGACGUUUGAGCAAUAUUGUGAGUACAAGAAAACUGUGAAUGGAGUCAUGCUCUCACCUACUCAAAUUGGUCGUUGGCUUGUGCUUUUCUGCGACGAAAUAAAUUUGCCCGCCCCAGAUAAGUAUGGCACGCAGAGAGCCAUCUCUUUCUUGCGUCAGCUAGUGGAGCAGAACGGAUUUUGGCGCACGUCAGAUAAGACCUGGGUCACGCUUGAUCGCAUUCAGUUUGUGGGUGCUUGUAAUCCUCCAACAGAUGCCGGUAGAACACCCAUGGGAGAUCGUUUCUUGCGGCACGCACCACUCAUCAUGGUUGAUUAUCCAGGAGAACUGUCCCUCCAACAAAUUUACGGCACUUUCAAUAACGCUGUUCUCAAGAUUAUUCCCGCUUUGAGAGGCUACUCUGAAGCAUUGACAAAAGCUAUGGUCCGAUUUUACACCGAGUCACAGCAACGCUUUACUCCUAAAAUCCAACCUCAUUAUGUGUACAGUCCUCGUGAGCUUACCCGUUGGGUUCGCGGCAUUUACGAAGCCAUACGACCACUUGAGACACUUAGCAUUGAAGGUCUAGUCAGAAUCUGGGCUCAUGAAGCUCUGAGAUUAUUUCAAGACCGUCUCGUGGCUGAAGAUGAACGUAAAUGGACCGACGAUGCUGUCCAUCGCAUUGCAACUGACUUCUUCCCUACUAUCGAUGAAGAUAAAGCUCUUGGAGGACCAAUUCUGUUCUCCAACUGGCUCUCGAAGAACUACGUCCCAGUCGACAGAGAACAAUUGAGAGAGUUUGUUAAGGCGCGUUUGAAGACAUUCUGUGAAGAAGAGGUUGACGUCCCACUUAUUUUGUUCAACGAUGUUCUGGAGCAUGUACUUCGUAUUGAUCGUGUUUUCAGACAACCACAAGGUCACUUGAUUCUUAUUGGAGUUAGUGGAAGUGGUAAGACAACGCUGUCUCGAUUUGUUGCUUGGAUGAAUGGUCUCAGAGUCUUCCAAAUCAAGGUUCAUGGUAAAUAUUCCGCUGAAGACUUCGAUGACGAUCUACGUGAUGUACUACGUCGAUGUGGCUGUAAGGGAGAGAAGAUAUGUUUCAUCAUGGACGAAUCAAAUGUCCUCGACUCCGGCUUCUUGGAAAGAAUGAACACCCUGCUCGCAAAUGCUGAAGUUCCAGGUCUUUUCGAAGGCGAUGAAUUCGCAUCGUUGAUGACAGCCUGCAAAGAAGGUGCCCAGCGUCAAGGACUCCUACUCGAUUCCCAAGAAGAGCUCUACAAGUGGUUCACCGGGCAAAUUGUGAAGAAUCUGCACGUUGUCUUCACCAUGAACCCCCCUGAAGAUGGCUUAUCUUCUAAGGCUGCAACUAGUCCUGCUCUCUUCAAUCGUUGCGUACUGAACUGGUUUGGAGAUUGGUCUGAUCAAGCACUAUUCCAAGUAGGCACAGAACUGACUCAAUCUGUUGAUCUUGAUCGACCAAACUUCACAGCACCAGACAGCAUUCCAGUUGCAUAUCGAGACCUUAGCUUGCCAGCAAAUCAUAGAGAGACGAUUAUCAAUUCAAUGGUGUACAUUCAUUACUCACUACACCGAUUCAAUGUCAAAUUAUUCAAACAGCAAGGCAAAGUAACAUUCCUCACACCUAGACACUUCUUAGACUUCGUGGCUCAAUACGUCAAGUUGUACACGGAGAAACGAGAUGAUCUCGAGGAGCAGCAAAGACAUCUUAAUGUCGGUUUGGAAAAGCUCAGAGAUACUGUCGAUAAAGUGCGCGAUCUUAGAGUUAGCUUGGCAGACAAGAAAGGUCAGUUGGAACGCAAAGAUGCAGAAGCCAAUGAGAAACUGCAGCGCAUGGUAGCGGACCAGAGAGAGGCUGAGCAACGUAAAACGACUUCACUCGAAAUUCAAGCUGCUCUAGAAAUACAGGAAAAAGAAGUCGCUGAACGUCGUGAGGUUGUACUCAACGAUUUGGCCAACGCCGAGCCUGCUGUUAUCGAAGCUCAAAAGAGCGUUAGCAACAUCAAGCGACAACAUCUAACUGAAGUUCGUUCUAUGGGUAAUCCACCUCAGGGUGUCAAACUUGCUCUGGACUCAGUCUGCACUCUCCUUGGCCAUAAGAUCGAGAGUUGGAAGACAGUACAGGGUAUCAUCAGAAAAGAUGACUUCAUUGCCAGCAUUGUCAACUAUGACAACGAGAGGCAGAUGACAAAGAAUCUACGUGUAAAGAUGCGCAACGAGUUUCUUUCAAACGAUGACUUCACUUACGAAAAAGUCAACCGUGCCAGUAAAGCCUGUGGACCACUUGUUCAAUGGGUUCAGGCUCAAGUCAACUACUCUGAAAUUCUUGAUCGUGUAGGACCACUGAGAGAGGAGGUUGGGUUGCUCGAGGAACAAGCCCUACAAACCAAAGCUGAGGCCCAAGCCAUUGAGAACACUAUCAACACAUUGGAACAAAGUAUUGCAACUUACAAGACAGAAUAUGCAGCUCUGAUCAGUGAAACACAGGCUAUCAAGUCUGAGAUGUCAAAGGUUCAAUUCAAGGUUGAUCGUAGUGUUCGAUUGCUUGACAGUCUUUCUUCUGAACGAAUACGCUGGGAAGAGGGAAGCAAGUCGUUUGAGACACAAAUCAGCACACUUGUGGGUGACGUCCUUGUUGCCGCUGCUUUUCUUGCAUACAGUGGUCUUUAUGAUCAGCAAUACCGAAAGAACAUGAUGGAAGACUGGUUACAUCAACUUCAUUUGUCUGGAGUCAAUUACAAACAACACAACCCAGUCACUGAAUAUCUCUCAAGUGCCGAUGAGCGACUUGGAUGGCAACAAGACACUCUACCAGUGGAUGACCUUUGUACCGAAAACGCUAUCAUAUUGAAACGAUUCAAUAGAUAUCCAUUGAUUAUUGAUCCUUCUGGCCGCGCUACAGAGUUCUUACAGAAGCAGAGCAAGGACAGAAAGCUUACCGUCACUAGUUUCUUGGAUGACUCUUUCACUAAACAACUAGAAAGCUCCCUUCGUUUUGGAAAUCCUAUUCUUAUCCAAGAUGCUGAAUACCUCGACCCAAUUCUCAAUCACGUCCUCAACAAAGAGUAUCAAAAGACUGGUGGGCGUGUCCUCAUCCAGCUUGGAAAGCAAGAAAUCGAUUUCUCGCCCGCAUUCAAGAUUUACCUUUCCACCAGAGAUCCAUCUGCAACAUUCGCACCGGAUAUUUGCAGUCGCACGACAUUUGUCAAUUUCACAGUCACACAGAGUAGUUUGCAAACACAGUCGCUCAAUGACGUCCUCAAAUCUGAACGACCUGAUGUGGACGAGAGACGCUCUAAUCUUAUCAAGUUACAAGGCGAAUUCAAGGUUCAUCUUAGGCAGCUCGAGAAGCGCUUGCUGCAAGCCUUGAACGAAUCACGUGGCAAUAUUCUUGAUGAUGACAACGUUAUUGAAACUCUUGAGACCUUGAAGAAAGAAGCUGCAGAAAUCUCCGUGAAGAUGGGUAACACUGAAGGUGUAAUGGCUGAGGUUGAUGAGAUCACACUCCAGUACAAUAUCAUCGCACGCUCUUGCAGUGCCAUUUUCGCCGUUCUUGAACAAUUACACUACCUCAACCAUUUCUAUCAAUUCUCUCUACAGUACUUCCUCGACAUUUUCCACUCUGUACUAAAGGGUAAUAAGCGACUAGAAUCAGAGACGAACCACGAUAGACGUCGGGAUAUUAUUGUUGAAGACUUGUUUGUCACCGCCUACCAGCGUACAUCCCUAGGACUACUCCAGAAAGACAAGAUUACCUUAGCAAUGCUUCUCGCCCAAGCAGCUCCAUACAAGAUGGACAAGAGUCUUAUUGACGUCAUUCUAGAUGAGACUGUGGUUGGCACUGAUUUGUCAACAGAUGGUGACAUGAAGGAUGAAGUCAUGGGCAAUGCAAUUAAACUUCCUGCUUUCAAGGGUAAACUUGAGGGUGUGUCUUCCGAAGCUUGGGAUCGUUUCUUAUCCGAGGAACUGGCAGAAAACUUCGUUCCUCAAGUCUGGGAUGAUAAUGUUGAAAAGAGAGAUCAAGAGCUUAUAUCUUUGUUGCUUAUCAAGCUUUUCCGACUUGAUCGAUUUGUUCCUGCCGCUGAGCGAUUUGUUACUGCAGUCUUUGGUACUGGCCUUCUCGACAUCACUGAGGAUCUUAAGCAAAUUGUCGAGCAAGUGUCUGCAAGCCGUCCUAUUGCACUUUGCUCAAGCCCUGGGUUUGAUGCAAGUUACAAAGUCGAGAACCUCGUGGAGCAAUCACGAGCCGCUUGUACCAACAUUGCUAUGGGUUCUAAUGAAGGAUUAGCAACCGCUGAUAAGGCUAUCAGUAAUGCAGCUGCCAAUGGAUCAUGGGUCCUUGUCAAGAACGUUCAUUUGGCACCAACCUGGCUACAGAGUCUGGAGAAACGUAUGGAUUCACUCAAACCUCAUGCAAACUUUAGAUUGUUCUUGUCAAUGGAAUCCAGUCCUAAGAUUCCUGUCAAUUUGUUGCGAGCAUCCAGAGUGUUGAUGUACGAGCAACCAGCGGGUGUCAGAGCCAACAUGAAGGAUUCUAUGGCAUCGCUUUCUACCAGAGGUACAAAGACUCCUGUAGAGAGGACAAGAUUGUAUCUUCUCUUGUCAUUCUUGCACGCCGUCGUUCAAGAGCGUUUGAGAUAUGCUCCUAGUCUUGGAUGGAAAGGAUUCUGGGAGUUCAAUGAUAGUGAUUAUGAAUGUUCUGCGUAUAUCAUCGAUACCUGGGUGGAAACAGUAGCUUCAGGACGAUCCAAUGUGGCCCCACAAAACCUCCCUUGGGAUAUGCUUCGCACACUCAUCGUGGAGACAUACGGUGGUAAAAUUGACGACGAAGGAGAUUUCGCACGUCUCACACAACUUGUCCACUCUUUCAUGACUCCAGCAGCCUAUGACAUCGGUCAUAAAUUGGUCGAAGGUGUUGCAGGUGAUGAAUCCGAGACUGGAAACUUAGUCGUACCAAGCGGAACUACAAUGAAAGAUUUCACAGAAUGGGUUAAGAAAUUACCCGAGCGUGAACCUCCUACUUAUUUGGGUCUACCGGCUAAUGCGGAGAAAUUGUUGUUGGUGGGACAGGGUCGUAGCAUGAUUCAGAACCUGGGUAAGAUUACUGAAAUGUUGGAUGAGGGUGAACAGAUCAUGGCGGAAGCCGCUUGA